UUGAUGAUAAUGAUGGUGAUAAUCAUAUCGUAACCGAUAAUAUUAUCGAUGAUAAUAAAAAUAAAAAUCUAUUAAAAACCUGUGGAAUAUGUUUAGAUGAACUACAAGCCGAUCAAAUGUAUUCAAUGACAUUUUGUUCAUGUACAUUCUGCAUACAGUGUCUGGAUCGUUAUUUUCAAUUCAUGAUCGAUAAUGGCCAUUUUCGUAUCUAUUGUCCAUCAUAUAAAUGUUUACGUAAACAAUCGAUAUCGAUCGAUGAAAUUAAUGAUAUUAUCACCAAUGAAUAUUAUCGACAAAAAAUUCAAACAUUAUUCACUAAAAAUAAAUGUUUACAAAUAAAUGGUGAUAAUAAUUCGGCCAUUAUCAAUAACAAUAAUCAAUUACAAUGUCCAUUUUGUGAGCAAAUAUUCGAUAAUAAUAAUAAUAAUGAUGAUGGUGAUGAUAUCAACAACAAUGGUUUGAUGAAAUCUCUAUUGAUUCAAUUGAAAAUUGAAGAAACUAAUGUAGACAACGAUACUGGCAAUGGAAAUGAAAACGGUGUUGAGAAACAAAAAAAGCCCAUCCUAAUCCUGAAAUGUCCAAAUGUAAGUAGUAGUAAUGUUUGCAAAAACAAAAAAUUAAUUUCUGUUGGUUUUUUUCAGUGCUCAAAAAUAUCCUGUGCUUCCUGUUCAUCAAGAUUAUCGGAUGAAAAUAGCCACCAUGAUUGUCGUGAUCCAGAUAAUUCAAUAUUGAAUGAAUUCGAUAUAAAACGAUGUCCAAAUUGUCAUUAUCUUAUACAGCGGGAAGGUGGCUGUGCACAGAUUUCCUGCCGUAAUUGUUGCCAUGUAUUCUGUUGGCAUUGUUUACAAUCAUUGGAUAAUGAUUUUCUUUUAUUUCAUUAUGAUUCUGGACCAUGUAAAAAUAAACUUGGACAUUCACGUUUAUCGAUAUUUUUUAAUCGUGCACAAACCAUUAGUAUUUGUUUAGGUAUCAGUAUUUUAAUGUUAUUGGCAUCACCGGUUAUUAUUGCAUUGUUACCAUGUGUAUUGACGAAAAAAUGUCAUCUUUAUAAUUAUUGUUGUUGCUGUUGUUUUGGUCGUCAACGUCGACAACGACGACGACGACAACAUCAUCGUAAAAAUUCAUCAUCAUCAUCAUCAUCAUCGUCAACAUCAUGAUACCGGUUCCUCAUAUUUUACCCGUUGAUGUUUAUUCGAAAUUUGUUUUUUGUUGUUAAAAUUUUCAAUUCAAACUGUCAAUUGAUUAUGAUAGAAAAAUUUUUUUUUUUUUUAAUUUUCAAUGAUUACAUGUAAUAAAAAUAAUGGUGGUUGUGGUGAAACAUAAUCUCAUCUACAAUAAUCAAUCAA